AUGGUAAACUUAAAGAAUAUUAUGCCCCCCCAAGAUGUACGAUGUUAUAGAAGCAGCAGGAAUCUGUACUUCGCUAAGUAUUUUUGUCCUGAAAUUGUAACAGCUGAAAAAUUAGAGAAAGAAAGGCACAUUAAAACAGGAUGCGCAGGCUUCGAUCAUAUAUUAAACGGUGGCUUUCGAGUUGGCACACUUAGUGAAAUAUAUGGUGAAAGUGGUGCAGGCAAAACACAACUAGUAUUGCAAAUAGCAGCACAAUGUCGAAAAGAUGGAUCUAUAUACAUUUGCACUGAAGACGCAUUUCCAGUAAAACGUUUUAAUCAACUACUAGAACAUCACAUUCAUCAGACAUCUUAUAGCGAACAUCGAGAAAAAAUAUUUAUUGAACACAUAACAGAGAGUCAGGAUCUUUUAUCAUGUGUCCGCGUACGAUUACCAAAAUUACUAGAACAAAAAAAAGUUUCAGUCAUAAUCGUUGAUUCUAUAGCAGCACCUUUUCGAGUUGAUGUUACCAAUUAUGUUCACCGAGCAGAGGAGUUAAGAGAACUAGGUAUAUUAUUAAUAAAUAUCGCACAAAAAUAUGGUCUAGCAGUCAUUGUCAUCAAUCAAGUUACAUCUUCUUUUGACGAAUUCGAUAAUGUCUUACCCUCUUUAGGGCUUGCAUGGUCUAACAUAGUAACGUACAGGUGCAUGUUAAAACGAAAGGGGUUAGAGGUAAACACAAAUAAUUGUAAUAAUGUAAAUGUUCGUGAAUUUAUUCUUGUAUUUGGUCCUGAUUUACAGAAUAAAAAUUGUAAAUUUAUUAUUGAUUCUAGCGGCAUUAAAACUAUAUAA